CGACGCGGUGCGGUGCGGUGCGCGGUGCAGUGUGGUGCAGCGCGCUGCCUGUCCCGGGUAGAGCGGUAUCGCAGCGAGCCUCGCAUCACGGGCGGCGACAGCGGCGGCGUCGCGAAGGAUGCGGUCCGAGGAGCGGAAGAGGAAGCUCUAGGCCGUUGGUGGUUGGUGAGGCAGAGGCAGGCAGGUAGUCGAGUGAACGUAGGCACGUAGGUAGGUAGCUAGACGAGGAGGAAGAGCCGACGAGGUGUGGGCCUUACCUUAUCGGUAGGAAGGAGAGAGACGGACGGACAGAGAGAGAGGAAGAGAGACGGAGGGAGAAACGCACGGAGUCUACCAGUUCGUCCCGGGCAGCGGUACGACCGCGAGAUUACGUUGUCGUUGUCGUCGUCCAUCAUAGUUCCCGUCCAUCCGUCCGGCUGGGAGGAUAGCAGCGAGACGUUGCAACGUUGUCACGCGUCACUCCCCAUCGACGUAGUCUCGCCAUCGACGUCGACGGCGACGCUGCUACGACGGGGACAGGGAGCGUGAGAGGGAGCGAGAGAGACAGACAGCGAGGGACGCGAAUUUUGUCGAGAGAGUGGCGACAUUACGAUGGCGACGAUAUCGACUACGACGACGACGGCGGCGGCGACGGCGACGACGGCGACGUUGACGUCGACGUCGACAUCGACAUCGGCAUCGACCCCGACAUCGACGUUGGCAACUGCAACGAAGAGCACGAUGGCGAUGCCGAUGGAGCGGAGGAAAUCUUAUCACGAUCUCUGUCGUCUGUGCGCCUCUUACGACAACGUCAGCAUGCAUAUAUUCGGCCAGGAAGGCAGAAAGCGGCAGCUCGUUGACAAAAUUCAGACGUGCCUGUCGUUCAAGAUAGAGGAAGUUGAUCCUUUGCCGAAAGUCCUAUGUUAUCGAUGCAUGUAUAAUUUGGAAAAUUUUUACGACUUUAGAACCGCAUGCGUGAACGCAUCUGCUUGGCUGGAAAGAAAUAGGCCCAAGGAAGACGCGAACGAUGACGGUGCAAAUGAUAGCGCGCAGUGCAGUGAGAUGCACACGGAGCUUCUAAAGGGAAAGGAAAAUAUGCCAAUACUUAUCCCGGAGGCGCCGGUGGUCAAUCCGAAUGCCGCGUUAGGUACACCACCGAGGUUGAAUUCCGAUGGUGAGGCCGAUCCCGAGAUUGAAGAGAUUCUCGAUGCGAGCGAAGGUACGGACGAAGUGCUCGAUGAUUCGACAGAGGAUCGACGAUCGGAAUACGAAUACGAGAUGGAUAUGGAGACGAAUCCUAGUGACUUCUUAGAAAUGACGCCGAUGGUAACCGAGGAAAACGAGGAGGAGUGCGGCGCAAACAAUACGAGUGUCGCAGCCAGUCAACAAGAGGCCGUGACGGUCUUUCCACCUACUUCGCAGCAACACGAGGUCUACGUAUGUUCUCUGUGCAACAAGGCAUUUAGCUCCAAGGGUCAUCUUUCGUUGCACGCGAGGAUUCACGUGGGUGAGGGUGACGUGAUCGGCGAAAGAGUCAUUACUGACGACCAUACCUCGUAUCAGCGACCGUAUCAAUGUGAUCUCUGUCAUAAAUCGUAUUCUACCGCGAAGCAUCGCUGGGGACACGUUUCUACAACACAUCGGGGACAUCCUGCGGUAACGUGUGCGUAUUGUUCGCGUAUAUACUCAACGCGGUGCAAUUUGGAUGAGCAUAUAAAAUCGCGACACGCCGGUCUACCACCACCCCCGGAAUUAUCAGUUUCCUUUUCUCGCGCGGAAACACAUUAUCAAUGUCAAACGUGUCCAAUGAUUUAUAAAGAUCUAGCAGACUUCAACGCGCAUCGUCAGAUAUGUAUUGAGGAGCAACGCACUGAUUUAUUAAGACAAAGCGACGCGCAGAAUAAUAAAAGUUUAGUCGAUAUGUCCGACGAUAUGUCAAGUAUUAUAGAUUCGGACGACGAGAAUAAAGACUUUAGGAGUGCUGAGGCUAAACUGGCCAAGAAUCCGCAGUUGACUAUAUUGAAACAAGCAUUGACUAAAGGAGACAGUUUAAAACGGAUUUACGACGAUGAUGGUUCAACGUCAAGUUGCAAGGCGAGAAAAAUAGUCAAGAUAGAAGGUGAGACGAAUCCUGAGGUAAAAAGGUGGUAUUGCGAAUAUUGUCCGCAAAGUUUUACAUCGGUGGACAAUCUAAAGUCACACGAAGUUAGGCACGAUGUCGAGAAGCCGUUUAUUUGCAUACUGUGUCGAAAGGAUUUCGUUUUGAAGUCUUCAUUGAUGAGGCAUAUUACGUCGGCGCAUGGCGUUGAUCCUACUCCUAUCAUUGACAGUGAUAAGUGUCUAAAAACAUCUGUAAUGUCUCAAAAUUGGAACCGAAUGGAUGUCAGCCUUUAUGAGCAAAGUGAAAUAAAAGAACCACCAGAAUUCUCGUCGUCACCCGAGACAAAUUUGGAUAAUGAUGACAAAGAUUUGAAAAAUAAUGAAAUCGAAACAGUAUUUAUAUGUGAGAUUUGUGCGAGGGAUUUUAAUGAUCGAGCGUCGUUAUGGUUGCACAUGCGUGCAACGCAUAAGGAACUUGCUGCACUUGCCUGUGGAGUAUGUUUAAAGAUUUGUUCCGAUAAUACACAGCUCCAAAGUCAUCUCUACAUGUAUCAUGGAAAAUCCAAGCUUUUAAUAUCGGAACAAAGAAGGUAUAGCUGCACAAUAUGCGGCAGACAGCAUGAUUCAAGAAAAAAGUUAAUAGCUCAUGUCUCGAUACACAAUAUCGAUUCUGGAUAUGAUCCUGCAAUUUUUGUACAAUUAAACAGUAAUUACUAUAACGAAAACUUGAAUGGUACCGAAGGAAAUGAACAAGUAAUAGAUUUUGAUGGAGAAGAUGGAGAGAAAGUAGAUUGUUACAUUUGUUAUAAAUCUUUUCCAAACGAGGAUCACCUUAUACGACAUCAAAGAAAUGCGCAUAAGUCUGAACAGAUAAUUCCGCUAGGAGAAGCGGGAAGUGGAAACGCUCCGAAUGUCAACGGCAAUGGUAAUAGAGCGCAGUAUCAUUUAUUUUUCGUUUGCGAGAUUUGCGGUAGUUCUCAUUCGAGUAAAUGGGAACGUUGGUUGCAUAUCAACAAUAUGCAUAACAACGAACCUUCCAUCAAGUGCGAAUGGGAAAAUUGUGGAAAAAUAUUCGCGACAAAAUCAUUACGUAAUGAUCAUCUCCAGCAUCAUUUGAUCCAAGGCCCGUCACCAAACACCUGCGAGAUUUGUGGGAAAUUAUGGCCUACUCGUGUCGAUUACUGGAAACACGUGAUGGGCGUUCACGCCGAUACGGUGCCCCUGAUCUGCGGCGUUUGUCUGAAAGUAUUUUCCGAUGUGAUGCAGUUAAAUGCCCAUGUAAAGGCGAAACAUUGGCCACUGACCAAUGGUGAUUUCAGCUGUGAUAUUUGUGGUAGGCCGUAUUCCAAUAAAUCCAAAAUGUCACGGCAUAGAAAGAUCCAUGGUUUGGAAGUGGCAGCGGCAGCGGCAGCAGCGGCCGCGGAAGCGACGGCGGCUGUUGCGGAUGUCGCGUGUGAUAAUAGUAACCUCAACGAGAUAACCAACGAAUCAGUGAAACUCGAGCAUGGCAAUAACAGGGCCGUAGAUCUCAAAUUGAAAUGCGAACAAUGCCCCGAGCACAAGUUCACGACUCUGGACAGUUUACGCAAUCAUCGUCGAGCAAUUCACAAUCUCUUCCCGUGCGAUUUAUGCGUUAAGUACUAUGGUCGCACGUCGCACUUGUGGAAACAUGUAAACAGGGUACAUAAGGGUCACGCGGACGUGACUUGUCCGUAUUGUGCGAAAACGAGCGCGUCGAGGGAUCAUCUUACGGCGCACAUUGCGAAGAUUCAUAGGUACAUACCUACGAUAGGUGGCAAAGACAAUCAGAACUGUGUAGUUUCCAAGUCCUUGAAUAUCGAAGAUGGAAUCCUGCAUUAUUGUGAAAAGUGUAACAAAGGAUUCCACAAGCGUUAUCUGCUCCGACGUCAUAUGAAGGGUUGUCAAAACUACCGUAAGGAUCCUGGAGCAUUGUUGACCCGCUGCCGAGCCUGCGAGAGGAUAUUCAAGGAUCGUGCGAGUUUGCAGAAACAUAUUGAGAAUCACCACAGCACGUAUACCUGUCAUUUGUGUAACGAGACCAUCACUUCCAAACUGGGCAUCAUGACCCACAAUCGCGUCAAUCAUAUGGAUCAUCCGGAUCUGACGUGUGACCAUCCAAGCUGUAAAAAGCUCUUCCGCACUAAGGAGGAUCUCGAGUCUCAUCGAAAAGAUCACAAAUAUCAUAGCAAUCCGAAUGUCUGCGAUUUCUGUGGCGACACCGUGGAGAAUAAGCUAAAGUUGAAGAUGCACGUACUAUCGUUACACCGGAACGAGAUUGGUGUGUCUUGCGGCGUUUGUCUCAUUCCUAUGAAAGAUCCAAAAGAUUUGAAGAAACACGUCGAGGCGGAGCACAGUAGCGUUCUUUCCAAUCCGAAUACGUGUCAGGUAUGUGGCAAGCAGUAUGCAUCCAAGUGGAAGGCUUUUGAUCACACGAAGAAAUGUCACGGAAAAGUUUUCCUCACGUGUAAACAGUGUUUAGCAGUUUUUACGGACGAAAAUGCUAUACGUGAUCACUACGAACACGUGCACAAUGUUCCAAAGGACCAAUUAGCCGUUUUCGAAUAUAGAAUGGACAUCAGUGCAAAGAGGGAGGAUUACGAAAUGCCUGAUAUCAUCGUGAAAGAAGAACCGGACGAUCUCGAGUUCGACGAGGAAAUGUGUGACGAAAGUUCGAGCGAUUCUCGCAAACGCAGACGAUCGCCGAAUGAUACGUAUGAUUGCGAAAUGUGUCCUGAGAUCUUCCUCAAUUCGGACACGCUCGCCAAGCAUUAUCAGAACGUCCACAACACCGAUCCCGUCCGUAUGUUCAAAAAGUUUAAGAAGAACAACGGUGACGGCAAGCGUAAAAUGAGAAACAGAAGCAACUACGAGUGCAAAAAUUGCAAGAAGCAAUUUUCUACCAAGACCCUAUUCUGGAAUCACAUCAACGCGUGCACGCGACGAAACUCGAUAUGCAGAUUCGACGUUCCGAAUAAUAUCUCGACAUCGAUUCUAGAGUCGCAUUUGAAGAACAAUAAUCAGAUUCAGCGAGAAGAACCGAUGCCGUUGACGAAUGAAUCCAAUUUGAACAUUCCUGACUUCAACUUGUUUGAGGACAUCAAUCUGCAAUUGUCAGCCCAGAAACCGGUGCCGAAUCUCAUGCCGUUGUCGCAAGUAAAAGCAGCGGGUAAUAGCAAAUGCUCGCGCAAAGACUCACGCAAGGUGUAUGACGAAUCGACCAAUACCGAGUGCACGUGCGAGGUCUGUGGCAAACAGUGGCCCGCUAAGAAGCACUUGUGGCAGCACUUGAUUCGCUUCCAUCGGGCCGAAGCGGCCGUUACCUGCGGUGUAUGCUUGAAGCUGUGCAAAUCCUAUCAAGACUUGGCCGAUCACUUAAAGGCCGAACAUGCUCCCGUUUUGUCGCCGGAAGGCAACAAUUUCACGUGCAAGACGUGUGGCAGAUAUCACAACGCGAGAAGCAAAUUGCUGCUGCACAUGAGUAUUCAUAUCGGAUACUUCCGAUGCGAGAAGUGCCAACAAGGUUUCGCGAGUGAAGAGAAACUCGGCGAGCACGCGACAAGCUGCAACGGCAAGUCGGAAUUUGAAGAUCAUGCAGCAACAGCGGAUAUUGAAGAUAACGCGAAAAAUGACAAUGAUGAGAAAGGCAGUUUGAUUGCCGAUGAAACGUCGGUCAUCGAGGAGGAGGUUGAAGAAGCGGAUUUUGAAUCGGAGGGCGAAGGUAGCAGAGGCAUCCAAAACGAAGAGAACAAUAGCGAGGAAGACAAUUCAGAUAGCGACUCGGAUAGCGGUAGUAAUAGUAGUUCGAGCGAGAACGAGGCCGAAGAAGAAGAGGAGGAGGAGGAAGAGGAGGAGGAGGAGAACGAAAAUGAAAACGGAAAUGAGUCCGAUACAAGGACUGAGCCGGACACGAGACCUUCGAGCAGAGCGAGCGGUAACAGUGAAUCGUGCAAUUCCGAAAGUGACGAAUCGGAUAUGGAAGAAGCGGAAGUGCGCGCGAUGCAAAAGGAAGAGCCGCGAUUGAGUGACAUCGAUAGAUUCAGGAUACACGGCGAGGAAAAUUCGCCGGCGAUAGAAGAAAAUUACGUCGAGAAUCAAAACACUUCCGCGGCGACUGACGAAGAUCAAAUUAAACAGAGUAACUUGAAUAACUUAUUGAUUUCCGGCGCACCUGCGAAUGUAGACAAAUUUCAGACAUUGUGUCUCCAGGAAUCCGCUGCAGCUAUGGCAAGUGACGUAGAUUUCUCUAAUAAUGACGAGAAUGAUAAUGAAGAAGAGAACGACGAGGAAAAUAAUGAAAACGACGAAGAAGGAGAGGAAGAUGAAGGUGAGGGUGAAGAUGAAGGUGAGGGUGAAGAUGAAAGAGAGGGUGAAGAAGAAGGUGAGGGUGAUGAAGGUGAGGGUGAUGAAGGUGAGGAUGGAGGUGAAUGUGAAGAAGAAAGUGAAGGCGAGGAGGGUACAAGCGAGGCCGAGGCUGAAAGUGGAGAGGAUGAAGGUGAAGCCGAGGCCGAGGGUGAGGAGGAAGAAGAGGAAAAUGACGAGGACGUCGACGACGGACCGCCUGUGCUGAGUCCGAUAAUGCCUCUGUUACCAGAAAACGAAUCCGAGGAGCAUAGCAACACGAUGGAUCGUACAAGGCAUAAACUUAGUCCGAUGGUAUCGUUGAAUAUGGACAAAUUAAUGGAGGGGUGUGAGAUAACGGAAAUUAAAAAUGACGCGGAAAAUGCGGCGGCAACGUCGAACGCGUCCAAUUUCUUCGCGGCUAACAACAACGAUCUACCCGUGACAUGGGACGAGGACGAUUGCGCUUCCGAUGUCGGAGACAAAGACGUGAUGGGGGUGAAGAACGAGGAGUUUGAUAAGGAGUAUGCUAAGAGAAAUAUGAACGACUUGGAUGGCGACGAGUACGACGAAGAUUCCGGGGACGAAAAUGUCAUGGACGAUAGAGACGGUGGUAGUGGGGAUCAAGUGCACGAAAUACAUAGUUUAGACGGGACAGUGUUGAUGAUGGCUAAAGACGCGGAAGGUAAUCCGAUUUUGAUAGAACAUAAUGUGUUAGAUAUCGAUAACGACUCUAACACCGAGGUGGCGCAGUAUAUUUAUCCAGAUAAUGCUUAUGAGAUCGAGGAAGAGGAGGACGAGGAGGAUUUUGCGACGCAAAACGAAACCGACGCUAUGCAAACGGACGAGAUACAAGGUACCUAUGUUCAGGAUAUGUCGGAGAACGACGACAGCACGGGGGAUGAUGUAGAGGAGGACAGUAGUGACGCCCAGAAAUAGAAUAAGACACGAGUGCCAAAACAAGGAGAGAGAGAGAUAUUUAGAAUAUAAUAAUUAUAAUUCUGUAAUAAAAUGUAAGAUAUUAAUUAAUGCAACCUUGGGACUGAUCGAGACUCUUGAAAAAAAAUAUGUCAUAUGUACCUUGAAGAACGAAACAAUAUUGUACAGUAGAGUAAGCGAAGAGUAGUUUGUAGCUUCGAAAAAUUUUUUGAUAGAUUAAGCAUAAAAGAGAUUACGAUUUUCACGAGAAUAUGUUUCGUUUUUAUCGAUUUGUCAAAGGUGCGUCAAAUAAGACAAUUUGCGAAACGUUACAAGCUUCCAAAAGAAAGAAGAAAAAUGUCACUAAUCGUUUCGCAGAGUAAUACAAUUUUGAAUUAUAAAAAAAUAUGUCUAAGUAUCGCGUUAUGUGUAGAUUACUAAGAGCUACAAUUUACAAUACCUUUUUUAUGUUCCCGAUAUUAGUUAUAUCAAUAAAGCACUUUUUUGACAAUAAUAAUAUUGCGACUAUAGCUCACGCGCGAGAUGCCAUCCGUUAGACAGUAGGAUGCGAAUAUAACGAAUUAAACGUCGCGUUUUUGAGAAGCAAGAUUAAAAUCUGCAAACCGCGUGUGUCCCACACACAAAUUUAAAUUCUUUCCUUUCUUAAAUGUAAUUGAUAGAUUCUUUCGUACUGAUAUGAUUAUUUUAAUCACCUAGAAUUGUGCAGCAAAAAAAACCAUGACAAUUAUAUCAGUAAUAAAGAAAUACGAUUGUUACACAAGUUACACAUCGAAAGACAUUAGAUUAAAACCUUGGUAGAGUUUGACGCCGUCAUUUGAACCCAUUCGUUUCUUUUUAAUGGAGACAUUUCAAAUCAGGUUUUCUGCGUGCAUUUGCUUUAGCGAAAGAUCGUAAAGAAAAACUUUACCGAAACGCAUGAUAAACUAUAAAACUAUGUCCAUAAAUAAAGUCGAAUAUACUAUAACGGAAGCAACAAGUACCAUCCACAUUUCGAGAUAGAUUUAAAUGUUUCUUAUCGGAAUUCUUUUUUUAGCGUAAUAUAAAAAGAAACGAAAAUCGUACACCUUCGCUAUAUUUUUAUGGAAAAGUGAUAUAGAGAGAAAUAAAGGGGGUUUAUGUAAAUAAUAGCUUUAAACGAUCAAUCUGUACAGUUAUGUAAUACGAGUGUGUUUGUACGUAUGGAUGAGCGCAUGUGUGUGUGUGUAUCAAUGAUAUGCAGAAAAACUCGAGACGUAUAUUAGAGAAGGAAAGGGAGUGUAUUUCUCAAUUACAAAUAUCAACGAUCAAUUGAAACUUGAGCGAGACAUAGUUGUUGCUUUGUAUUAUAUUAAUUUAAUCGCCUUGCAAAUCUUUUCAACUACUUAGUUUGAAUGAGUAAAGUCAGAGAGGACAGUAAAGUGGAAUCGUUGUGUGUUACGUUUGAAUUGUGACAGAUUGAAAAAUAUACGCAUUUUUGUGCGCAAUGCGUAUGCGAUAGCGACGAAAAGUUAGAAACGAGCGUCAAAUAGCAAACGACGUUUUUUUUUAAAUCAUAUUCGUCGAUUUCAAUCCAAUAACAUAUGUCAACGAUCUCUCUUU